UCAGCGUCUCUUCCGCCCUCUGAAGUCGGGACUGCAUGAGAAGCUAUGAGGAGCCCCGUGCUCCUCCUGAGUCUACUUCUGACGGCAGUUCCAUUUGGCCUUCUGGGGGAGGAGACCCGCCAGGUGUCUCUGAAGGUCAUCUCUGACUGGCUGGACCCUUCCCAGAGCCUGCUUCAUAUCCAGGCAGUGGGUGCCACUUCCACCCUGCACUAUGUGUGGAGCAGCCUGGGACCCCCAGCCGCGCUGCUGGUGGCCACCAACACCCCCAACAGCACCCUGAGUGUCAACUGGAGCCUCCUGAUUUCCUCUGAGCCUGACGGGGGCCUCAUGGUGCUUCCCAAGGAGAGCAUCCAAUUUUCUUCUGCCCUCGUCUUUACCAGGCUGUUUGAGUUUGACAGCACCAACACAUCCGAUGCGGCCGCAAAGCCUCCAGGAAAAUCAUAUCCCCCAUACUCCUUGGCCGAUUUCUCCUGGGACAACAUCACUGACUCAUUGGAUCCUGCCACCCUGAGUGCCACAUUUCGAGGCCACCCCAUUCACGACCCCACUGGGGCUUUUGCCAAUGGCAGCCUGGCCUUCAAGGUUCAGGCCUUCUCCAGAUCUGGCCGACCAGCCCAACCCCCUCGCCUUCUGCACACAGCAGACACCUGCCAGCUAGAGGUGGACCUGGUUGGGGCCUCUCCCCGAGGAAACCGCUCCUUGUUUGGGCUGGAGGUAGCCACGUUGGGCCAUGGCCCUGACUGCCCCUCAGUGCAGGAGCAGCACUCCAUCGAUGAUGAAUAUGCACCUGCCGUCUUCCAGUUGGACCAGCUGCUAUGGGGCUCCCUCCCAUCAGGCUUCAUGCAGUGGCGACCAGUGGCUUUCUCCCAGAAGCAGGGGAGCCGGGAAUCAGCCAUGCCCUGCCAAGCUUCCCCUCUUUACCCCACCUUGGCAUACCUUCUCCCCCAGUCACCCAUUGUCCGAGCCUUCUUUGGGUCCCAGAACAACUUCUGUGCCUUCAAUCUGACAUUUGGGGCUUCCACAGGCCCUGGCUACUGGGACAAACACUACCUCAGCUGGUCCAUGCUCCUGGGUGUGGGCACCCCUCCAGUAGAUGCCUUGUCCUCGCUAGUCCUAGGCAUCGUGGCAGUGGCCCUGGGUGCUCCAGCACUCAUGCUGCUGGCAGGAGGCGUGUUUCUGCUGCUGGGCCACAAGCGGUACUCAGAAUACCAGCCUAUAAAUUGAGGCCUGCUCUCUAGAGGGAAGGACAUUACUGGACCUGCCUUGCUGGUCUGCAGGUUUGAGGGUCAGUAUUCCCAGCCAGCUGCUUCCUUUUCCCAUCUUGCUUUUCUGCAGAACCUCAGAGCCCAGCCUCAACUUCCUGUGGACCCAGGUGGGGCUUCCUUCAAACUUUGAGGAGGGACCAGGGACAGAGUGAUUGCUAGAGGGAGGGUCCCCUCAGCGUUGCCUCCCCACCCCUCCACCCCCCAUUUUCCUUGAAUGGGACUCACAGGCCUAAAUGAGAGGCCUUCUGACUUGUCUGCUACCCUGGAGGGCAUGAAAUAGACUAAGUUUUUCCCCA